UCCAGUGUUAAAUAUGCGACUUGCACUGUCAGCUCCUAGACUGUCAGCUCCGAGGCCUGGCGCGUGCUCCGUGGGCUUCAGGUGGCUGGUCCAGUCCACCCGCAGGGCGCGGGGGCGGGACAGCCCGGCGCUCUCGAGUCACGUGGACGCCUCGCCGGGCGGGAGGAGGCUCCGAGCGGCCUCUGGAACUUUGAGUCGCGCAGUCGCAUCACGCGAGGGCCGCGGCGGGCUGGUUUCAUGGAGGCGGAGCGAGGGACGCGACGACGCUAGAAUGGAUCUUAGUGGCUCUGCUCAAGAUCCUGAAAUGAAGGAAUAUUCUCCAGUCUGUGUUGGCAGAGAAGAUGACAUUAAAAAAAUGGAAAGAAUGACAGCUGUUGUCCAUGAAAGAGAAGUGGUUAUUUUCUACCAUAGAGGAGAAUAUCACGCUAUGGAUAUUCGCUGUUACCAUUCAGGAGGACCUUUACAUUUGGGAGAAAUAGAGGAUUUUGAUGGACGACCAUGUAUAGUUUGCCCCUGGCAUAAAUACAAAAUUACUUUGGCAACUGGAGAAGGACUGUAUCAGUCAAUAAACCCCAAAGAUCCAUCAGCAAAACCCAAGUGGUGCUCCAAAGGAAUAAAGCAAAGGAUUCAUACAGUAACAGUGGACAAUGGGAAUAUCUAUGUGACUCUUUCUAAUGAACCAUUUAAAUGUGACUCUGAUUUUUAUGCUACUGGAGACUUCAAAGUAAUUCAGACUUCUUCCUGAUAAAGUUAUAUGGCAAUGACAAUUGUGUACAUUUUGCAAAUAUUUUUGAAAUAAUUAUGGAUGAUUUUUCCAACAUAGGUGUAUUUUAUUACUUUUAAAACUAAGAAAUACCAAGAGAGUUAAAGGUACAUAUACUUAGUGUGAUAUAAGGAUUAUCAGGAUAUAUUUCAUCCUCUGGAUUCAUUAGAAAACCUGAAGGUUAGAUGUUUAGAAUGUACAAUUUAAAAAGGACAAAAGAAAGUAAAUGGAAUAACCCAAAAUGAAAGGGUAAAAAAGAAAGGCCUCAUGAGAAAUAGAUUGUCUGGGAAAAGAAAUUCCUAUUUAAUGUAGUAGAUUUUGUCAUGGAAAAGUUUUUACACAAAGUAAAUAGGAUAGUAUAGUCACCCAACUUUAAUUGUUAG